UAGCCAGCCAUCUCUCGAGUAUACACUUUCUUAUAUUACUCUGUACGAUAUAUUGCACUACCACUACUACAAUUUAUGCUCGUAUCGUAUUCGAUGUUUACGCGCACACUAAAUCGGCAAACCCUUAAUGAGAGGAUCUGGAUGCUUGUUUCCAAUCAGCAACAUUCUGUCGCAGCAGUCGCGCAACGCACUCUUGGCCGUCAACACCAACUACGACAACAACACCAUCGUUAACAUCAACAACGACAACAACAACAACAACAAUAUACACAAAAAAAUCUAACUUGCAGAUUUUUUCGUUUUUUAUUCAAGCCUUACAUCGUUGUUACUAGAAAAUUUUUUAUCUCACUGCCUAACGUAGGUCAUCAUUAUUAUCCGUCUUUUGUAAGGACACCAUCCCAACAAAAUUGUUGAGUUUCAACAUUUUGUGAUUAUAUCCUUUAUUGCGUUCACUGAAUCUCGGUGAAUGGCAUCGGCGACGACAAAGAAGAAUCAACGGUAUCUGUCGAGACAGGAUUUUUCAGGAUGAUCUUUACAGCUCUAGAAUCGUACAAGAUUGUUCAAUGUCAUCGUGAAAUGACAUCCAGUUCAACGCGUGGCUACAACAGUGACGUCGAUACAACAAUGACGAUGAAAAAAGUCAGUGGUGGUCACCAUCACAACUGUGCGCCAACGCUACUGCGGGUAACUUCAGCAGUGAUAGCAAUACUGUUGGUGAGUUGCAGUUGCGCAGCAAACGCUGAACCCGUGGCUCCUGUCCAAGUGGCCGCCGCCGUGGCUACGGCCAUCGGAACCGGUGAAAUUCCGGCUUUAUCGGUUGAAAAUUCUGUCGACGCGUUAGAACCAUCGCCUUUAGCGGAUGCGCUUUCACAGCCRUUCCAACUGCAACCGAAUUCCAGCGAAUCGGAGGAAUCGCGAUCGUCCGCGACUACCCAGGCAGUGGUGACGGAAAACGGCGAUCACCAAAACAAGUUGCAACUGGACAAUGACAAUAACGGACAACAAGACGAAAAGCAACGGCAACAGCAACAGCAACUGCUGUUGGCCCCGUUGCUGAUGCCGCCCACACAAAUGUCCGCGGUGUGGUCUGCCCAGUCGUCAACGCAGCAACCGAUGACCGUCGACGUAAUACCYGCGCUCUCGUCUUUCGUAGGCCGAGAACGUACCGAGGUAGAAAUCAUGUCCGUGCCCAGCUCGUCGGAACAACACCUCGUCGAUUCACCCUCGAGUCAAGCCCAACCAGAGUACAAGUAUAUAAUAUCCGAAGGAAGUCUACAAUCUGAAUCGGAGCUGCAACAACCCGAACCGGAGCUACGACAAUCCAAACCGGAACUACGACAACCUGAACAGGAGGCACGGCAACCGGAAUCGAACGCGCAACAACCAUCCGAACCCAGCUCGGAACUUCUGCAGCAGCCGUCAUCGAUCCAACAAGUACAUCAGCAGCUACAAACCGUUGCCACAGCACCCGCUCUCUUCGAUCAGCCACUGCAGCUUUCGYACUUGUACAAUAGCAAUAACAACAAUAACCUCUUCACCAUUAAAAAUAAUGACGACGACGAUCAGCUGCAGCAUCAAUAUUCAUAUCACCACUACUAUCAACAUAACCUUGCGCAACAACAACAGCAACAACAACAACAGCAGCAGCAGCAGCAGCAACAACAACAGCAGCAACAACAACAGCAGCAACAACAGCAGCAACAACAGCAGAAACAACAGCAACAGCAGCAGCAACAACAACAAUUACAACUACAGCAACAACAGCAACUUAACAGCAACAUGGCGGGCGUGUACUCACCGGUGCCCUUGCAAUACGGCGGUGGUCAGUUAUACUACCACAACCAUUUUAGUGGUGUCGGCAAGUAUCCGCAGCAGCAACAGCUCAACUACUAUUACCGCGCCAGGGACGGCGGCAGACCACCUGCGCGACGCAACAGCAGGACGCAAACGCAGUCCACGUACGACAACAACAAUAAUAACAACGGCGGUGGUGGUAACUUCUACGGUCACCACCAGCUACCGCUGCAUCAACAACAAAAACAACCGUCACCGGAUUACGGCGGCAGCGUUGCUGGCGAAAGUGACAACGUGAUCGGGAUCAAAUAUGACCAGGAUCAGACGGCCGGCGCCGCGGGCAAGCAACACCAACCGGUACCGCCGUUCCGGCCCAGCCAUCCGGUGUGGGCGUCCCAAUAUCCGGUGCCGUGGACGUACUACGUCAAGUCGUCGAUGGUGCAACCGGGACGUCCGGCACCGUUUUACGCGCAACACAACAACUACUACGGCGGUGGCCGGAAAUCGCGGUACAUACUGCAACAGUCGGCCGGCGCCGUGUCCAACAGGGUCGGCGGUGGGUAUUCGCCGUCCAAGCCGCAGCGCACUAAGGUCGUUUACAUCGAGUACGGUGGUUUCAAACCGAAAAUGGUGCCGUCCGUGCAGAUCUCGGCCACCGAGGACAACGACGGGAACCGCCGUCAGCUGACGGUUCUCGACGGCGGAGUUGCAAGCGACAUCAUCACUGCACAAGACGUCGGCCAACGCGACAACCCCGUAGCCUCGUCCACCCCGGCCUCCACCGACGUCACAACAGCCUCCGUGACCGCGACCGCCUCGACGACGACAGUGGCCGCCGCGGCUGCGACGAUUACGACGACAACUGCAGGGACGAACCUAAGCACGGCUACGUCUGUACCGAUACCACGACGACAAUCGCAACAACAACCAGUGCCUGAACGACAGCCGCCCGCCGCCGGUGUUGUCGUGGUAGUCGUCUGAAUCGACUCCCCCCCCCAACCACAGGAUUUAAAUUUGAGUGUUUUUCAAUUUUUGUAUAUAUAUUAAGAUUAAGAUGCACCUGCAGCAAACUCUUAUAAUAUUGUAGAUGUUAGCAGUGUUUAAUUUAUAUAAUUUAUAUGAACUUCGCGACGUGUUGUGCUAGAAACUCAUUUUUCGCCGAUUAGCUUAAAAUAAUAAUAUAUUGUUUGUUAGAAUUAUUACAUUUGUGUUUUGUUUUCAAAUGUUAUGUAUUCGUUGUCAUUCGAAUCGUGUGGCAUAAUAUUAUAAUAUUUUCAAGUGACGCUUUUGGUAUGUAUAUAAACGAUUGGAUACGAGUAUAGCGGUUUUAAUACGCUUUAAAUACUUAACAAUAAUUAUACCUAUUUAUUUACA